CCAAUACAUGAACUGCCAGCUCGAAGAACGAUUCCAAGAAAAUUAAUUAUUUCAUUGUUUUCGGACGUUCUCCAAAUCUUAUCCCGAAAAUCUUUAAUUAAAUUCUAGCCUUACCUACCAUUGACUUAUUUCCCUUUGAACAUUUGUUUUUCGUUUUGAAAUUUAUUCAGCGAAUCUUCUGCUUCACCUUAAUUUUAAUCCAUCAAUCCAUCGCCAAACAAAGCCGAACCGACAAAGGUGUUGUCACACCUUGCCGCUGCGAGAAACAACAGUUAACACAUCUCUGAAAUCUCAUAUACUUUUAUCUUAGAAUUUAAAACGAAGAAUACAUUGGAUGAAGUAAUCUUAGAUACACUGAGUGAGGGAAAAAAAAAACGAAGAAAAAAAAAGAGUGUGAUCCCAGUUGGUGUAUCUUACAUCAUAGCACUGUAUCAACGAGACCUGACCUGGGGUUAAAAACCAACCGACCAACCAGCAAACCGACCAACAGAACACUUGGUAAUUACGACGUAGACCCCACGUGGUCGCGCGAGUAACUAGAAAUAGCAGUCAAAUCUCGCACUUUACCGUCUGCCCUAAGAAGGAGGUUUACGAAAUUGAACACUGAUUAACAAGUAUUUACAGAUUUAUCUUUAUUGCUAUUUUUAUUCCUAUGUUAAUCGGAUUACGGCUAUAAGAUCGUCAGCUCUCUUUCACAGCCCGGCAAAAUGUUAUCUACGUUGUUAUCAAUGUUUGCUAACGUGUUCUCAGUGAUCGGGGGUCAGGUACCUGAGAGGAGUUUUGUGGCUGUCAAACCUGACGGAGUACAAAGAGCCCUUUGUGGCCCAAUCCUUCAGAGAUUCGAAAAGAAAGGAUUCAAAUUGGUAGCCUGUAAAUUUAUCUACCCAACCAAGGAACUUUUAGAAGCCCACUAUGCUGAACAUAAAGGGAAAAGUUUCUUUGACAAGCUUGUGGCAUAUAUGUCAUCUGGACCUGUCUUUGCCAUGGUGCUGGAGGGGGAAGGUGUUGUACAGAUGUGCCGUCAAAUGAUUGGUGCCACCAAACCACAAGAGUCGAUGCUCCGUACCAUCCGAGGAGACUAUGCUAUUGAAAUGGGGAGAAAUAUUGUUCAUGGCAGUGACUCUGUGACAUCAGCCAACCAUGAAAUAAGUCUUUGGUUUUCUUCUGAUGAACUCAUCUCUUGGGAAUCGGCAACGGAACACUUGCGAUACGAAUGAUUUUGGUGUAGUUACAGACUUCAGCUGGAAAUGAUGAUAUUUCAUCAAGAAAUUCCUCCAUCUUGUCUCAUCACAUCAACUUAUUAUUUGUUUAGGGAUCUUUACUACAGGGACCUGUAUACUCCAAGGUAUCUGUACACCACAAGAUGUAACUACUUCACUGGGAUCUCUACUUCAGCUAACUUCCCACCGCAGUGGUUUUUACUACAGGAACCACCAAUGCAAAGACUUCUGCCCCACAAGAAUCUCUAGCCAAAGACCUCUACAACACAGGACUUUUACCACAAAGACAUGUACACUACAGGAGUUGCUAUCACAGUGUCGUCUACCACUGGGGCUACUACAAUAAGGGUUUUUCCACAGGGGUCUCUGUCCUAAAUAUCUCUGUAUUGCAUCUUUCUCACAAGAACUUCUACCCCCACAAACGUCUUUCCCACUAACACCUUUACCCCACAAUGGUCUAUCCCACAAAUACCUCAAUUCCACAAUGGCCUUUCCCACAAACACCUCAAUGCCACAAUGGUCUUUCUCACAGGCACCUCUAUGCCACAGUGGUCUUUCCCACAGGCACCUCAAUGCCACAGUGGUCUUUCCCACAGGCACCCCUAUGCCACAGUGGUCUUUCCCACAGGCACCCCUAUGCCACAGUGGUCUUUCCCACAGGCACCCCUAUGCCACAGUUGUCUUUCCCACAGGCACCCCUAUGCCACA